AUGGAUGAAGGGAAUGAAGGGGAUAAAAUGAAAGAAAGAGAUAAAAUGGAUGAAAUGGAUGAAAUGGAUGAAACGGAAGAAACGGAAGAAACGGACGAAAGAGAUAUAAGAGAUGAAGGAGAUGAAAGAGAAGAAGGACAAAACAGGAGAUGGUUUUUUGGGACUUUUGGGACAUUUGAGACACUGUGGGAUCAGUCAUCCAGUGUUGUUGUGGUUGCGGUUCAUGCUGGUUGGGAGGCAGAUGCAGAUGGACGAGGAGAGAGGAGGGUGGGGAUGGCCCGCAUGGUGUUGCCCCAGGAAGUCACAGUGGAGGGGAAGCAGCAGCGUUGUUUGUUUUUCUGUGGUUUGGUGGUUGAGAUUUCAGAGGGGGGAGGACAAGAACAACUGGCUGGUUCAGAGAGAGUGUGGGAAGAGAGCUCUCUAGGGCACAGGGGGGUUAACGGGCUGCAGAAGGCUGCAGAAGAAAUAUCCACCGCUAUUUGA